UUUUGAUUUACCUCUUACAUCCCUGGCAAAAGCGAGAAAAACGAAAAAGCGGAAAAAGGCGAUCGGCAAACAGUGCGAAAAAAAAAGUUGGGCGGCAAAAAGCGGGCCACCAGGCAGAGGCAAAGCGAAGAGGCGAAGAACCCAGUCGAAGGGGCCACAAAAUAGGCGAUUCCAAAUCCCCAACUGGCCGGACCAAAUGCGAUAAAAAUAGCCGCAUCCAGAGCUUCUUGCAGAAUCCGCAGAACGAAACGAAGAAUUCUUCGCAGAGAACGGAACGCCGGGAGAAAGUGGCGUAGAGGAGAGGAGAGGAGAGGAGGAGGAUCUAUGAUAUAUGAUAUAUAUAGGUUAUAGGAUAUAUAAGGAUAGCUCAGAAUGUCGCGACGUCCGCGCCUCUCGCCCUUUUCCAUUUCCAAGGAACCGGAGCCAGCCAUAGUGCCGCCACGCAACCUGGACUCGCGGGCCACCAUCCAGAUCGGCGAGCAGACCUUCGACAUCGACGCCGACAGCCUGGAGAAGAUCUGCGAUCUGGGACGCGGCGCCUAUGGGAUUGUGGAGAAGAUGCGCCACCGGCAGACCGACACGGUGCUCGCCGUCAAGCGAAUCCCAAUGACGGUGAACAUACGCGAACAGCAUCGCCUCGUCAUGGAUCUGGACAUCUCGAUGAGGUCCAGCGACUGUCCUUAUACGGUGCAUUUCUAUGGGGCCAUGUACCGCGAGGGCGACGUCUGGAUCUGCAUGGAGGUGAUGAGCACCAGCCUGGACAAGUUCUAUCCGAAGGUCUUCCGCCACGAUCUCCGCAUGGAGGAGAGCGUCCUGGGCAAGAUCGCCAUGAGCGUGGUCAGUGCGCUGCACUAUCUGCACGCCCAGCUGAAGGUCAUCCAUCGGGACGUGAAGCCCUCGAACAUACUGAUCAACCGGGCCGGCCAGGUCAAGAUCUGUGACUUUGGCAUCUCAGGCUACCUGGUGGACUCCAUUGCCAAGACCAUCGAUGCCGGCUGCAAGCCUUACAUGGCACCCGAACGCAUCGAUCCACAAGGAAAUCCGGCGCAGUAUGACAUCCGGUCGGAUGUUUGGUCGCUGGGCAUCAGCAUGAUCGAAAUGGCCACCGGCCGCUACCCGUACGACAAUUGGCGGACGCCCUUCGAGCAGCUGCGCCAGGUGGUUGAGGACGAUCCGCCGCGUCUGCCGGCGGGCACGUUCUCGCCGGAGUUCGAGGACUUCAUCGCCGUCAGCCUGCAGAAGGAGUACAUGGAGCGGCCCAACUACGAGCAGCUGCUCAAGCACAGCUUCAUUGUGGAGCACCUGCAGCGCAACACGGACAUCUCGGAGUUCGUGGCCAGGAUACUGGAUUUGCCCGACAACCAGCCGGCGCAGUAGGCGAAUGGUUAAUGGUUAACCCAUGGCGCCCCCUUAACCCCCUUGAGCCGUGCCCGUGUAAAUUGCCGCCGUCUUCUUCUAGCAUGCAUUUCGUACAUGUUGUGUGUGUCUGUGUCCCCGUCUGCGUGCCAGCAAAAAACAAAGGAAAACAAAUCAAAUAUAUAUAUGAAGGAAAAGCAACAGCAACAGCAAUCUAAAGAUUCAACAAAUGGAAACAGCAUAAUUAUUAAUUUAAGUGAGAAGCAAACAAGAUAACCGAUACUAGCAAACCUGCAACAUGCUAACUUCGCCUUGCAACGCUCAAAAAUGGAUAACCGAACCGUGCCUCCCCAGCUGGCGAUGCGAUGCUGCUGUCUUAAGAAAAUAAUAAUACCAUUUUAAUAUAUAUUUUUAAAAAAUAAUAGCUUAGUCAACGAGAAACAAGAACAGAACCGAACAGAACAGCAAGCAAACAAUGAAUGUAAAAACGUACUAAACUUAAAUCAUAAAUUGUAAACUUUUUGAACACCAAAAUAGCCGAACAGAAAGUGUAAUGGUAAUUAUAAUUGUUUAACAAAUAUAUAUUACGUGAAAUAGCUAA